AUGUUCGCUACACUAUUCUUGUUGGCGGCCCCUUUCGCGUUUGGGCAAUCCGACAUUCCUCUAUCCCAACCCAUCCAGGGCGUUCUCGCUACUAGCAACAGCAGUCUAUACACAUAUCCCACGGACUUCACCCAGGGGAUUCUGCCCAAGGCCAUACAUUCUCACAACGACUAUUGGAGACCCAAGCCGUUCUACACCGCGCUCUCCAAUGGCGUAAUCUCAGUGGAGGCCGAUGUAUGGUUGUACAACGGCACGCUCUACGUUGGGCAUGAGCAAUCUGCACUUACUCAUGCUCGCACAUUCGACUCUCUAUACAUUCAACCUAUUCUCUCAGUGCUCAAGAAGCAAAAUCCAACUUCUCCCUUUGUGACUGGCUCUACACACAACGGUGUGUUCGACACAGAUGCCGGUCAGACUCUUUACCUAUGGGUCGACGUCAAGACCGACGGUCCUACUGCUUGGCCCUACGUUGUCAGUGCUCUCGAGCCUCUUCGUCAAGGUGGUUGGCUCACCAAGUACAAUGGAACCGGCAUCACCAAUGGAGCCGUCACUGUGAUUGGAACCGGCAACACGCCCAGAGCACAGGUUGAGGAUCAGAGCCAGCGUGACUACUUCUUCGACGGCCCCCUAUCCACCCUCAACGCCACUGCAAACUCCAACAUCACCCGUUUCCUUAGUCCUAUCGCCAGCACAAGCUUCAAGGCUUCUUUCGGAUGGCCAAUGAAUGGCCAGCUGAACGAUACCGCUCUGGCUAAACUGCGCGGUCAGAUUGCUUCCGCAAGCGCCAGAGGAAUCGGAACGAGAUAUUGGGAAACACCAAACUGGCCCGUCUCUACCAGAAAUGCUAUCUGGCAUUUGCUCUGGAAUGAAGGCGCCACACUCAUCAACGCCGAUGAUCUUCCUGGAGCUGCAAACUUCUGGCAAUGA